UUACAUAUUAAGUACAACACUGUCCAUAUACACACAGCAGUCACUAGCCGUCAUUCAUUAUCAUUUAUUAGAUACUUUUGGUUGCAUUUGGAUUACGUUGAUAGCGCAUUCGGACUGGGAACUAAAUUUGUGUGCAAAAACUGAAUAAAAAAAUUAAUUCGUGUUAAAUUAAGAAAAUGGAUAAUUUUAAACUAGUCACCCUUGAAGAAUUGAAAAAACACAAUAAACCAGACGAUCUGUGGAUAGCAAUCGAAGGAAAGGUGUAUAAUGUGACCAAAUUUCGAAACGAGCAUCCCGGAGGUGAGGAAACGCUGGAUGAAGUUGGUGGCCUUAAUGCUACAGUACAAUUUAAUGAAGUGGGACAUAGUCAAGAGGCUAAACAAAUGCUCAAGAAAUAUUACGUCGGUCACCUUGUGAGUGGCGAGGAGUCAGCUGCACAAACUGCCAUAAGCUACAACGAUCUAAACAAAAUGGCGUAAUAGCUAAAAUAUAUGUACAUACAAACAUAUUUCCUUAAACUGCAUGAAAAACCAUUGCUCUGGAUAGAGAAUAAAAAUGAAAACCAGUUUCGCUAAGAAAAACAAGAAUGACUGAAAUUUGGUCUGCAUACAUAUGUAUGUACAUAUGUACAUUUGUAAAUGGUAAAACAAUUUUCAAUUCAAUUUGGAACUCAAAUAACUCAAAUUCUUGGUAAAGGAACCACAGCAUACCUGCAAUUAACUGCAUUUCGCUACACGUGUCGGUCAAAAGCCAUUACUUUCUGGACUCGCAUGUAAAAAAAUCAUUAAUCAUAAUUACUAUUUAUGCAUGUAUAUUUUUUUUUUUUUUGAACAACUACGCAAUUAUAACAAAGACAUGGCUAUAUGUACAUAUGUAUGUAUAUGCAUUCAUACCAUAGCAUGUAUACAUCAGCCAUUGCUUCUUGAAAAACAAAUAAAAACAAUUCAUAAAAAACUCA